AUGUCUAAUAAUCAUGCAUUUGAACUAGUCAAUGAGGCUGUGGCACCCUAUGACGUGCCGGUUAAAAUCUAUCAGUCCAAAGUCACGGGACUUCGUAUUGCACUGGUGAACGUCGGGUCCAUCUCGAACGGCGUUGUGAACGGAUUCUUCACCUUGGCAACGGAAGCUGACUGUGACGAUGGGUGUCCCCAUACUCUGGAGCAUUUGAUCUUCUUGGGUAUGGAAAGGAGAUGA